CAGAGGGACCGAUGUUUGCGCAAAUGUGAUACACCUGUCAUAUCAAUUUGUACAGAGAACAAGUGGUGGAAAACCGCGUCGUGUAUCCAAGGGGAAGUCCGCUUUGCCUUUCGAGAAGUAAACUCGUACUUUGCAAUUGCCUGUGAAAGUGAAAUUAGGUUUACGUUUGUUCAUUUUGUGAUAAAUUGAUGAAUAUCUGAAGACAUUUGGACUUGCAAGCCGACACUGAAGCGCUCGUAUUCGUAAUUAAUUGAGCUGAGCUGAGCGAAGCCGAAGAAGGGGUGCGAGACAUCUAUUCAUCGCAGACAUCACGGCCGAUUGUCCACUUGCAACCCCGUUCAAAGUUCUAUUCCUGAAUUGAUUGCCAACCGUCGGCCGUCGAACGAAAAACUUUGCUGAAUAAAUGUCAUAGAUAUUGAGGCUGAUGAGUGAGAAAUUCUGUUUUUAAUCACCCAGACUCAUUUAUUCAACAUUUGAGUUCCAGAUCGUACACAUAUUUGCACUUGAGUUUGUAGCAGGUGAUUUUCGACUGCCUAUUGGAAUUUGGAAUAUUGCAUUGACUGGAGUGGUGGUUGUGGGCAGAGUGUGGUGUAAAAUUGAAAUAAAGCGACGCACUCUAUUGAAAAUAACGUGUAUUGAUUAUAACCUGACACUGUUCAUUGCACUUUCCCCCUGGUUGAAAACUAAGAAGGAAUAUUUUGCUUAUUCUACCAAAACAUCUAUCUUGACAGCUGUCUUGCUGACAUUCAGAAUUGGACAGAGAAAUUUAUUAACUUUAUAAUACUCUGGAAGAUAUACUCACUGUUGCUGUAAUUUGCUCUUUGCAGGAUGAAUUCAUAAUUGUGGAUGAGAUGACUUUCCCAUAGGCUUACCCUAACUGAAUAAAUGAAACUAUUACUGAGGAAGGCAAAAGUGAGUAAUGUACUUGAUAUGAUGGUGUGACCUAACAAUCUGCAAAAAUGUAUCCAGGCAGAAGGAAAACAAAGCUGCCAAGGACAAGCGCGAUGAACCUCAAAACAGUUGAAGUACCCAGAGGCCGAAAUGGCUAUGGCUUCACUGUAUCCGGUCAGUCACCUUGUGUUCUCAGUUGCAUCCUACAUGGUAGCCCUGCAGAAAUUGCCGGGAUAAAAACAGGUGAUAGUGUCAUAGCAGUGAAUGGAGAAAAUGUGACGCGUUUAAGCCAUGAACAAAUUAUCAAGUUGAUAGGAGCAACUACUGGUGUGUUACGUCUUACUGUCGCGGAGAUGGAUUGUUCAGAGUCUUCCGAUGAUGAGUAUGUGUACAUGCCCAGGACUCGAUACCCGCAUGCUAAGAGGUCGCAGAGUGCUACACCUUUGUCGAUGAUUGGAAGUAAAGCCCGUGCAGAGAUGGUCGUGGAAGAGAUGCAGCAGGGGGCUCUUCUUGAUUCCUUCUCCAUGCACACAGAUAUUCCUCAGGCAAUGCUUAGAGGAGCAGAAGUGCAACGUAUUCAGGCGGACGUCCAAAUAAGUUCUUCCAAGUUUGCACCAGGCCAUUUGAGUCCUCUCAACCAGCCAGGAAACGGAGAAAUGCUUUUGAAAAGAUCACCAAACUAUGAUUACUCCUAUUGGAAUGGAAAAAGUGUUGAAAAGAUGAAUGCAACACCGAAGGCGCGUAAACCGAGGAGGCAUAAUGAUCCGAGGAAUCGUAUGUUUUCUACUCCUACCCCGACCAGCUAUUACAUUCGAGAGAAUCCCUAUGAUGAUAAUGAUCCUGAAAUGAGGCCAUUGUCCCCCGUAGAACUGAGCCAUUUGAUGUACCCGGGCAAUGAUGCCAGUCGUGAUGCCUCAAGGGGUAUGCACAAGUCAGUGUCACUUCCAGGACAUGCCAUUCGGAAUUUGUCUCAGGGGCACAGCAUGGGUGCAUCUUUCUUGGAGGACAAUGAAAAUGUGCACAUGAGAGCUAUGGUUGGCUAUCUUGGAUCCAUUGACAUUCCAGCUUCUGCAAAUCUUCCAACGGCCAGUCUCCAUGCGAUAAGAGGGUGUGUCCGUAGGCUUCACAAAGAGCACAGGGUGCACUCGUUCAUGAUGAUGGAGAUUCGGACUGAUGGUGUUCGGCUUGUGAACAGUAACCAACGCAUCGCUGUUGUGUACCCAAGAGAACGUCUUGCUUUCAGUGGUGUCUGCCCAGAUGACAAGCGUUUCUUUGGCAUUGUUACAUCCCAAAAUCCUGAGGAAAUGCUAGAUGCUAUGGAUAGUGAUGAUGAACCAAUUGGAAGCUCCUGCCAUGUCUUCAUGGUAGAUCCAGAGUUCAGAAGGCAUGAUGUGCACGCCCGGGUCAUCUCACAAUUUGGUAUCUCUUGUUGCACUAAUCCAGAAACAAACACUUGUGACAUCUUCCCCUCCUCGGCCAAACCUAUUCUUCAGCAGGUGUCGCAACUCUAUAGAGACCGGAAUGACUUGUCCUACUUUGGUGAACUUUAUGGACACUCCUCCUUUGCCAGUGGUCCACGUCGAAGUAACAGCACCAACAGCAGUAACAGUGAUAGUGGAUUUGGUAACGGAAAUAGUAAAGACCAAAGUGAUUUCAAUGUUCAAAUGGAUCACAGCCAUCACAAUCCAAUCCUGGAUGUGGCAUCUCUAAUGCGCAACAAGAGAGGAGGUGGUACAAGGCAUGUUGUUCCAGCUGAAGUCAAUGCCUCCUUGUCAUCAGAUGUGCCUUACUCUCUGUCUUCAACUUCUCCCCAAUCAAUUGAUACAUCCCCGCAGAACAUCUUCAGAAACACCAAAGACAUAUCAGGCAGGCUCACUCCAAGAGCUCGUCCUGAUCCUGUUGGCUUCCGCAGUCCUUCAGUAGUGCCAGCGCAACAAGAUAAUGCCUUUCACUAUCAAAAGCAGGCUGCUAGACCAUCUAGCGUCCAAGUGCCUCUUCAGUCCCACAUACAGCAUUCUGCGCCUCCCGAGCUAAAGCAAUUCAAACAACCUGGCGUUGAUUUUAACACCCCUAAACCAAACGCCGAAAGUUCUGGAUCCUCAACCUUGGAAGACAAUUCCCAGAGAGGGAAGGAGUUAAUGGGUCCACCAAAGGGUUUGCCUCCAACAGGGCGUCACUCCCUUUACAGCAAGCCCUCACAAAAUUUCAUCAAUGAAGCUAUUGACCAAGAUACAGCAAGGAAGGUGCAAAAUGAAUUAUCAAGGAGACUCUCAGAAAACCAAUCUUUUCAUCAGAAACAACAGGUAUGUCAAUAUUUAUUUUACAUCUUUAAAUAUGCAUACAUGUAUGUACCAUGUAUAUUUAAAUAAUUGGAGGAAAGUAGGGAAACCCAAUCAAGAAAAACACUGGAAAUUUCAUCAAAAAUGAAUUUCAAAUAUUUCAAAUUUGUGUUUUGAUGUUUGGUAAUAGUAAUAUUUAAAGAAGCUCUGGAAGUCUGGAAUUCCUGAAAUCAUAAUACAAUGUUCCACACUGACCGAUUUCACCUUAAAUUCUAAGAACAUGCAACCAUGUUUUUCAUUAUUGGAUCAGAAACAUAUUGUAAUUGUAUUUUUUCAUUUCAUUAUGAAUAUUGACCAGGUCAUUGGGCGACUUACAUGUACUGCCUAAUGUUCACAUCACUCUUGUGUGAAAGUACAUGUGCUUUGAUAAUUUCUUGUUUAACAAUGUAAUUGUGUUUUUCUGAAAAUGUCACAUUUAUACUCAUUUGAAUUCAUUUCAAAUUCAAUCAACUUGUUGGUGAGGUUGACACAUAUUGAUCUUUUCCAAAUGGUGUAUUAUGGAAGGUGAAUUAUUUAAUCAGAAUGUUAUGGGUAGCUUAAUAAUUUGAGCAUUUUAAAUACUCUUCGACCUUUGAAUGGGACCUACGUGUACAGUAAUGCCCAUAUCUAAAGAUGAAGUGUUCACUUUUAUGCAAUUCUGGCAUACUUUGUGUAAUAUUGAUUACGUUGAGUUGAAAUUGAUUAAUGCAUUGAAAUUAUACAGUUUUCUUUGAAAGUAUUCUUAACACUGAAAUUACCGCACAUACAUGUACACUGCACUGUAAAUACAGGGUCAUUAGGGUAGGUCUUCAAUGCAAAGUAGGCUACAAAAGUUGAUUUAAUUUAAGCCCUAUUAAUGAUCGAGAGAUGCUCCCAAGGUCAGCUUUGCAGGGGUAGGGGCGGCCAUCUUGAGGAAUGUUAAGGCGUAUUGAUUGUUCACAGUUGGUCAGCGUAAUCCACAUGGCGUUGUUUGAAAAGGGUCUCAAUGGGAUUGUUUCAUGGUGACUUGGUUAAGGGAUAAUCCUCUCUCUGCUCCAGGUAUUCAUUAGUGAUAAAAUGAAGUCAAUGAUUGCUGUAGGAGAAGUGAUCUGUGUGUGUCCUGCGGUUUGAAUUUAAACCCAAACAAUGAUAAAGUAUUUACAUGUACUGCAGCACAUGUGUGUCCUUUGGUGAAAAGUGUAGAUGUCGUAGGCUUCAUGUAUGUUAAGAAGGCUGUGUAUUCCCAUCUGAACAUCAUUUCUUGUUUUUUAGCAUUGAAAAGUUGACAUUUUUUAUAGUUACCAUAGAAACCAACCAUCCCAAACUCGUGAUUCUCAGUCAAUGAAGACCAAGGAUUUAAAUGUAGCUGACAUUGUCAGGGCUGACAAUGUAAUCUGGGAUGACAACUUCCAAGAAAUUGUGUUUUGUUUUGUUGAUAGCAUUUACAUGUAAGACAUCGUCCAAUGAAAAACAAUUUCACAUAAUUAUGAAUGGUAUUUAACUGAAAUCAAUUUGACCUAAAAAAAAGAUGUAAGUUUUUAUUAAGAUUACAAGUUGUUAAAGAAACUUAAGAAACAGGAAAAAAAAAAAACUCAGUUUCUUGACACAAUUUAUCAAAGUUACUUUGGUUGCCCAUACAGCUGGAAUUAAAUAAAUCAUUUAAUUUUCUUCUUUUUUUAUCAAUUUUUUGGAAGUCUUGACUGUUGCAGUCAUACAACCACACUUUUGAUAUUCAAAUCUUCAGUAUUUCAAAUUUUGAUAUCCACUGUAAUUCAUUAAGACAUUUCAUUUGGGCUAGUCGGCUGAUUCUUCUGUGAUAUAUGUACAUGAAUGUACAUGUACUUGUACACUUUCAUUCUUUCAUUUUUCAUGUUUUAUGUGCCUGCUGCAUGUUUAACAAAAGCCUUCAAAUGUUUAUAAAUUACCGCAAGGAAUAUCAACAAACCAUUUCAACUUUACCUCUAGUACAGACCUUCAAAAAGUUUAUAAAUUCCAGAAAACUUUAAUAUCAACAUUCUGUCUAUUGGCUACCACUUGCCAAAUAAGUUGGAGCCAGCAAUUUCAGUGUACAUGUAUGCCUAAGUGCACCUAUAAUCUUGUUCGCAGCAAUGUAAAUUUUUAAUGCCUGCCUCCUUGGAUGAAAAAAAUCAAAUACAUGUAUGUCAUGUUACUAGCCUCAUAAACAUGUCAGCAAUACUUCAUUGAAGUGGGAGUUAGAAUGAUUUCUUCUUUAUAUCAAUUCAGUGCUUUUCUUGCUUAGGCCUACAGUGUACAUGUUCAAAGUACAGAAAUGGGAGCCCAAGAUUAAUUUGGUAUUAUAAUGCAAAAAUUUUCAGCGUCAAAAAUACAGAAUAUUUGUAUGCAAACCUUUAUCAUCAUGUGUAACUUCCACAGCAGAGUGCAUGUACAGUUCAGAGAAGACCAUAAGUUUACUUGUCAUGAUUUAUCUUUAUCUGUUAUUGUACGUUGGAAUGCGAAUGUGGCUUUUGGAACCCC